CUGAACAACUUGAUCCUUGGCAAGCGCAUCUUAAACACGCUGCCCCAUUUCCACGUACGCCCGUCUUCCCCACCCCCACCAAGUAUUUGGGUGCUUCCUGGCAUGUUCGCGAACAAGUAUUACCUCAUCCAAGUAGGCUGACCGUCAACAGGCAGCCGGAUUGGCCCAGUACAUGCUCACCGCCAUCCCGUUCGGAAGCGUCGUAAUCUCGCCCGCUACGGCAACCAUAGCCACCGCUGAGGGGGUUGUCCAGGCGCUGAAGCGGUCCCCGGCGGACAUUGCCGUGCUCGCACCGUCCAUCGUGGCGGAGCUGGCUCGGAAUGACGAGCUCCUCGACUACUGCGCCAAGCAUCUCAAGCUGAUCACCUACAUGGGCGGUGACCUGCCGCAGGCCCUCGGCGACCGCGUCGCCGCCAAAGUGCCGCUGCGCUGCCACUAUGGCGCGUCCGAGAUUGGCAUACCCGCCCAGCUGCUCCCGGCCGAGUCCUCGGGCCCUUCCGACUGGCACUAUGUCCGUUUCCAUCCGUCGUGCAGCUUCGUCUUUGAGGAAGCUACCGACGGCCUGUUCGAGCUCGUCAUACCGCGAGAUGAGGCGCUUGCCGACACGCAGGUUGCCUUCAGCAUCCGGGGCCUAGACCAGCUCCAAAAAGAGUACCGCACGCGGGACCUGUUCGAGCCACACCCGACCGAGCCCGGCGCGUGGUGCUGGCGGGCCCGCGCCGACGACGUCAUCGUCUUCCUCAACGGCGAGAAGACCAAUCCGGUGUCGAUGGAGCACUAUAUCGUGGCGCACGCGCCCGAGCUGAGCGCUGCGAUGGUAGUCGGCGCCCAGAGGUUCCAGGCUGCGCUGCUCAUCGAGCCGGCCGGCGUCGACAGGCCGCUGACCACGGCCGAGCAGGCCGCCCUGAUUGAGCGCAUCUGGCCCGUCGUGGAGGAGGCCAACCGCGCUGCGCCAGCCCACGCCCGCGUGGAGAAGUCGCUGAUCCUCGUCACGACGCCCAACCGCCGGCUCAUCCGCACGCCUAAGGGCACCGUCCAGCGGGCCGCCAGUCUCGCUCAGUAUGCUGCCGAGAUCGACCGCCUGUACGCGGACGCCGACGUCGUCCCGGAAGACGACGACGCGGCCAACGGCGCGCUGGAUCCGACCGAUCUGGCCUCCGUCUCGCGCUUCAUCCGAGACAGCGUCGCCGCCGUCACGGGCUGGCCCGGCGUGGACGACGUGGCCGACUUCUUCGAACGCGGCAUGGACUCGCUGCAGGUGCUCCAGCUCGCGCGCGCCCUCCGGCGCGGCCUCUACCGCCCGGAACUCGGCAUCCCCACCGUCUACCAGAAUCCCACCGUGCGCCAGCUUGCCGCCGCCAUGGUCUCGCAGAAGAAGAACAUAGAGGGCCACGCCAACGGCCACGCCAACGGCCAAGCCAACGGCCAAGCCAACGGCCAAGCCAACGGCCACGCCAACGGCAACGGCAAUGGCAACGGCAAUGGCAACACCCCCUUCAAGGAAGACCCCGACAGGGAGAUCAUGCUUCCCCUCCUCUCCACCUACCGAGCGCUCGUCCAGCAAAUUCCCGCACGCACCAACAUCAACAUCGCUCAAAACCAGCGCCGCCGUCACCUCCCCCUCCCGGAGCUAGUCGACGUGAUCCUGACCGGCUCGACCGGUGCGCUGGGCACGCUGAUCCUGCGCGCGCUGCUUGCCCGGCCGUCGGUCAACCACGUGUACUGCCUCAACCGCAGCGCCGACGGCGGGCGCGCGGCGCAGAUGGCGCGCCUGGCCGCCGCCGCCGGCACCGGCGACGCUGGCACGGACGCACCACCCCUCGACGCAGAGCGCGUCAGCUUCCUGCAUGCCAACCUCGCGCACCCACAGCUGGGACUCGACAACGCGACGUACGCCAAGCUGCGCGCGCGCGCGGGCCUGAUUGUGCACUGCGCGUGGCCGGUCAACUUCAACCUGGCGCUGGGCGCGUUCCGGCCGCAGCUGGUCGGGGUGGUGAAUCUGGCUGCGCUGGCGGCGGCGGCGGCGGCAAGACCGAUGCGGCUCGUGUUUAUCUCGUCUGUUGGCGCGGUCGGCGGUGGCGGCUGGGAAACAAGGGACGGCGAUGUGAGCGGCGGGGGGAAGUCAGGUUCGGGCCCGCCGGAGGAGGUCAUCUACGAAGAGCUGGACAGGCCGUUCGCCAACGGGUACUCGCGGAGCAAGUUCCUGGCGGAGCUGCUGUGCGACGCGGCGGCGAGGCACCUGGGCCUGCCCGUGUCGGUGCUGCGCGUCGGGCAGGUGGCAGGAUCAGUCGGCGGCCGCAUGGCGUGGAACCGGUCCGAGUGGCUGCCCAGCCUGGUGCUCAGCUCGCUGCUGCACCUGGGCUGCCUGCCGGACAGCCUGGGGCGGACGGCCGCGGAGGUGGACUGGAUGCCGGCGGAUGUGCUGGCGGAUGUGGUGUGCGAUCUGGCGCUGGCGAAUAGCAGCCAGCCCGGCGGGAACGAACCGAACGGCAAGGACAGAGAGAGAGAUGUAGCCGAGGACUAUGGGCGCCGAGGUGUUUCAGCUGCGCAACCCACACACGACAUCCUGGAGCGCGCUGCUGCCGGCCGUCGUCGCCGCGGCACGCGCGCGGUUCGAGCGAGCGCCCGAAAUUGUCCCGCCUUCGGUGUGGCUAGCCCGUCUGGAGGAGAGCCUGGCCGGGUCCGCGGAGGCAGAGGCGAAGGCAAAAGCGGACAAGGACACUCGCGGUCUUGCCGUCGUUGCCAUGUCGAACCCGGCCCUGAAGUUGAUCGACUUUUACCGCGAGGGCUUGUCGCCGUCAAACCGAGAUGCCCGUCCCGCCCUCAUGUCGGUCAAGCAAGCCCUGGCGGCCAGCCCGACGCUGCGCGACAUGCCGGCCGUGAAUCAGGAGUUGAUGCGCAAGUUGGGUUGGUGAGUGGCUAGCAGCCGAGUGCGAGUGAAUGAGGGGCCAUCAGGCAAGCGUGAUGGGGGGAGCGAGGACCUUUACAUAAGUAGGUACAGUACAGUAGGU